AUGACUGACUACCUUGCUGACCUAGGUGUUAAGAAAACUAGUUGGGAUAUUGGACCAGUAUCCCAACUUAUUUAUAGUAGGGCCUAUAAUACAGGUACAACUGUUUAUAUCAAGCAAAACAAUAGAACAAUCUCAACUAGUGGAAAAGAGAAUAUACAAAUUGGAAGUGCUCCCUCAGGAGAAGAUUCUGGUAAUCCACCUCCUGCUGAUGACGAUACAUCAGAAUCAACAUCUGACCAAACAAGUACCGGUAGACACAACUACACUCCCUCAAUCCCACUUCCCGCCCUUCAUCCUCGCAUUCAUUCUCACAUAGAUAAUAUCCCGGCAAGUUUCUCUAUCUCGCGAGCCUUCACCCUCUGCAACUCCAAAUUGCAAAUCCACGCCCACACACCCGAGCGCAUCGCCUCCGCCCUCGCCACACUCCCCACUCUCAUCAUCGAACUCCUCCCUCAUCCAGAAUUGUCACCAUCCAAGGUCCUCCGCAUCUCCAACGAUAGAAUCAUCGACUUCUACGGACCGAUGAGUAAACGACUCAUGAUCGGUAUUUCUGGUAUUCCUUCACAGAUAAGAAAUGGUAUUAAGGAAUAUCCGAAGAGGAAAGAAGAGUGUGCAAAGCAAAAGGCUGAACAGUCUAAAGCAGGCAGAACCUCGAAUACCAAUAAGAUUCCACUGAAUAUCGAUCCAGAUAUGUUGACGCUUGAAGAGCAAAUCUGGAAAGAUGUCAAGGAGAAUUUUUGGAAGAAGUGUUGGAGUGAGAAAAAGGAUGACGGUGAUGAGAAUGAUGAUGGGGAAAAGUGA